AAUUUCUAACGACAGAUGGCGAAAUUGGAGACACGUUGUGCAUUUCGUCAGCAUUCGACACAUUCACGAGGAAUUUUUUUUACCCAGGAGGCGGAUAAAUCUUUCGUAAAUAAAAUGUUCCAGAAUAUUGCAACAUGUAGAGCGUGCUUAAAGGGAGCUGUGCGAUCAGUACAAUCUACAGGAAAUUUACAAAAUGUCAAAAUGGCGAGAGAACGUUUGUUACUUUGGCAAACAUCGAUGGACAACAUGCUCCGUGUACAACCGAUUCGGUUGUAUUCAAAUCCAGCACGGCGGCCGAGUUUUCUAUCUCAGUUUGUCGAGAAUAUCAAACAAGAGAUGCGGAAGAAUAAAGAGAUGAAACAAUCUUUGGAGAAAUUUCGAGAAGAAGCUCAGAAAUUGGAACAAUCGGAGGCACUACGAAUGGCACGGCAAAAAUUCAAUACCGUCGAAUCCGAAGCUAAUAAAAGUUCGGAAGUUAUUAAGGAGAAGCUGGAUACACUGAAGGAAAAAGUGCAAGAAGUCAUCGACGAUGCGAGUAAAACUGAAUUGGGCAAACGCGCCGGACAGCUAAGCGAGGGAAUCACAAAGUCGGCCAGAGAUGCGGCGGAGGCGAUUUCCGAAAAAAGCCAAGCACUUGGUAAGACCGGUGCAUUUCAAACGAUAUCAAACACUGCGGAGGCUGUACGGAAUGAACUUGACCAACACGGAAUUCUAGGCCAAGUUUAUGUUCAACCUAAAAAGCUACGAAAAAGGAAGGAGGUAACGAUAGAGCUUAAAGAUAUUAUGCCUGAUCAAAAGACGACAGGUAUGGAAGUGCAUAAAGACUUUAUGUUUUCCAAUGCUUGGCAAAAAUUUAAGGAUAAUAAUCCAUACGUGAAUAAGAUAAUGGACUGGAAGAUGAAGUAUGAUGAGUCAGAUAAUGCGGUACUACGCGCUUCCAGAUUGCUUACAGACAAAGUUACGGAUAUUGUAGGCGGAUUGUUUCAAAAAACUGAACUGUCAGAGACUUUGACGGAGAUCUGUAAGCUGGAUCCCAAUUUCAGCAGAAUACAGUUUUUGAAGGAUUGCGAGACCGACUUUAUCCCAAAUAUUCUCGAGGCGAUGGUCAGGGGAGAACUGGAGAUUUUAAAAGAUUGGUGUCACGAAGCGCCUUAUAAUGUAAUCGCACAACCACUCAAAGAAGUACAAAAAUUAGGAUACCGUUUGGAUAGCAAAAUUUUAGAUAUCGAUAAUGUGGAUUUAUUGAUGGGCAAGAUGAUGGAUCAAGGUCCAGUUUUGAUCAUCGGUUUUCAGUGUCAACAAAUCAUGUGCGUGAGAAAUUCAAAGAACGAAGUGGUCGAAGGAGAUCCGCAAAAAGUGAUGCGUGUUAAUUAUGUUUGGGUAUUGUGUCGCGAUCGAACGGAACUCAACCCCAAAGCUGCAUGGCGUUUGCUCGAUCUCAGUGCUACCAGUUCGGAGCAGUUGGUAUAGUGAUGUAAAAACGCAAUACGAACUAUUAAAAACAUUCAUAUGACCAAACAUAGCGGAAUCAUUCACGCACUUCAUACAUUGCUAGACCAUUCGCAUUGUUAUAAAAUAAGUAAUUAUACAUGGAAUCCUUUAGUGGAUCGUGAUCGGCGAUCUAGUGUACAUAUAGUGCACAGCAUAUUUCCUGUAAAAAUUGAAAUGUUUAUUUAUAUCCGCAAGAUUCCUAGCAACGUAUGUAAACUUCGAUUACAUGAUGUAAGUACAUAUGCUAAAUACUGCAAAGGUUAUCUCUUAUAAUAUAUUUGUGAAAUCGGAUACAAAAGGAAUGCAGCAAACACUUCGAUCGUUUUCCAGAAUCGAUGAAAAUUGCGAGGAUAACGAUCACACAGUUUUUAUCUGUCUGGAAGUCAUCAAAUUGUAGUGCUGCCAACCUUUUUACCAUCAAUUGAGAAGUCAUUGGGAUUAAAAUGAUAUCCUCUUACGUGUGUAUGUACAGAAAAAGUGUAUUAAGUAAUUGUGCGAUUAUGUUUAUAUUAUUAUGUACUUUACAAAAUUUAUAUAAGUUUAUAAUAAUUACAUAAUAAUGAUAUACACAUAUGUUGUAUAUGUGUUUUCACACACACACACACACACAUAUAUAUAUAUAUAUACACACAUACGCACAAAUGUUUAUACAUACACACGUGUACUUUCGAAUUUAGAACGUUAAACAAUAUAAAAAAUUUAAUUUCAUAUAGAUUUAUAAAAGAAAAAAAAAAUAUUAAUUUUCAUACGUCACGUAUGAAUCUUACAGCUUACUUUGAGAUUAGAUUAAUACAGUAUUUAAAUGAAUGUUCGUUGAUUACGCGCAUACACCACCAACCAAAUCAUUUCUCAAAUCAUCUUUCAAAUCGUUUCAUUUCUUUCAAUGGUAAUUUAAUUUCAUAUUUUAAAAUAAAAGAUUUUCAUCAAAAUAUAUAAUUUCAAAAAAUAUUAGUAGAGAUAUACUUAUUUCUGUUGCAACUUUAUUUUACACUUCCAUACGAAAACGUAUAAUGCUGAAAAAGGAAAAAAUUAUGACAAGUCAGCCCCCGACACAUUUUCAUUAAGCGAAAAGUAGAUUUUAACUGGCCCGGUGAACCUGUUAUCAAAAUUCAACAAUUUGUACGAGGCACGCCGUAUAUAAAUAUGUACAUAUGUACAAGCCAAUACAGCCGAUUGUAAUGUAUAGCCAUGAAAUUGUUAAGAGAACUGUUGAUUAUUUUUUAAGCAUUAUAUUAUACAAUUUUAGCUCUGAUCAGUUCGAGGAGGAAAUAAAGUGAUAUUCGGUGAA